AUGGAUGUAGCGGAGUCGAAUCUCGAAGCGGGCAAAACGGCUGCCUCGUCCGGCGACACCAACAAUGAUGAGAACGCUGCUUCUGACCCGUUCCUCGUCGACUGGGACGGUCCUGACGACCCUCAAAACCCAUUCAACUGGCCCACCUGGGUCAAGGCGACCAACUGCGGCCUUGUCAGCGCGCUCACGUUUGUCACGCCCCUGGCCUCGUCCAUCUUCGCCCCCGGCGUGCCGAGCCUGAUGCGCGACUUCCACAGCUCGGACGUCCUUAUAGCUGCGUUCGUCGUCUCGGUAUACGUGCUCGGCUUUGCCCUGGGCCCGCUCCUCUGGGCGCCCCUGAGCGAGCUGUAUGGUCGCGUAUACAUCUACCACCUCUGCAACAUCAUGUUCGCCGGCUUCAUUGUCGGCUGUGCGCUCGCCCCGACGCUCGGGGCCCUCGUCGUGUUCCGUUUCUUUGCCGGAGCGGUGGGCGCUUGCUGUCUGACGAACGGAGGCGGGUCGAUCGCCGACCAGAUCAGCCAGGAGAAGCGCGCCGUCGCCAUGUCUGCCUUCAGCAUUGGCCCUCUGUUCGGUCCCGUCAUCGGUCCCGUCAUCGGUGGCUUCGUCCAGGACGCAAAGGGCUGGCGGUGGGUGUUCUGGGUGCUGUGCAUCAUCCACGCGAGCGUCGCCGUGGCCAUGGUUGUCUUUAUGCGCGAGAGCUACGCGCCUGUUCUGCUGGAGCGCAAGGCUGCCAAGCUGCGCAAGGAGACGGGCGACGAGCGGUACAAGUCGAAGCUCGACACCGGGUUGUCCGGCAGCACGUUGUUUAAGCGCAACAUCAUCCGACCGCUCAAGCUGUUGGUCUUCUCCCCGAUCUGUACCGUCUUUGCGCUGUACAUGGCCAUGGUGUACGGGUACCUGUACCUGCUGUUCACAUCGGUGGCGUUCGUAUUCCAGCAAUCGUAUCACUUCAGCACGAGCAUGGUCGGGCUGGUGUAUAUCGGUCUUGGUGUUGGCUCACUGGUGGGAAUGGCCUGGUUCGCGGCCGACAGCAACAAGGCUAUCCAGAAAGCCAAAGCCGAGACGGGCCAGACGAGAGUCAAGCCCGAGGUGAGGCUAAACCUGCUGCCGCACGGGGCCAUCAUUUUGCCUGUUGGAUUCUUCAUCUAUGGAUGGACGGCGGACUACCUGACUCACUGGAUCGCGCCGGUGAUUGGGCUGUUCAUCAUUGGAGUUGGCAACAUCCUCUGCUUCAUGACCGUGAGCGUCUACCUAGUCGACGCGUACGAGCGCUAUGCCGCCUCCGCACUCGCCGCCAACACCGUGUUCCGCUCCAUCGCCGGCGCCGUGCUGCCGCUCUGCGCGCUGGACAUGUACCGAGCGCUCGGCCUCGGAUGGGGCAACUCGCUCCUGGCGUUCAUCGCCAUCGCUUUUCUGCCUGCGCCAUUCCUGAUCUUGAGGUUCGGCGAGAGACUGCGGAUGAAGUUCAAGGUGGAGAACUUGUGA